GAGAUGUAUUCGUGUUUUAGAGUCUGAGAUUCAGAGUGUCAUUCUUUCUUGCAUUACCUUCACAUUCACAAUGAAAAAGCAGCACCAUUUUUCUACAUUCUAUCAGACAGCAAUCAAAGACAGGUAAAAUAAGCAACCAAACCAACAACACACUACUGAAUCAAUCAAUAAUGUUGCUUGUAAGAUGGCACAACAAAUUCCUCUGCUUGGACCAACCAUAGACGUCGCUUGGACUCUCAUGCAACUGGUUUAAAGCAAAGGAAUGGGAAUUGGAAUUCAUUCACAUUAUUGUUGUCGGCUACAAGACUGAUUAACACAAUGAUUAGCGUUUAUCUCAAGUUCAUUAAGUCACGCUAAGCUAUUGCACCAAAUCCUAGUUCCCACUUUUCAUAAUCAGCUGCCACCGCGGAUUAGGAACCAUUUUCAACUCAGCAGCUAUUUACGCUAUCCAACUCCAGCAAGCAAACAUUUGACUGCUACUGCAGUGACUCAUUGCCCAUCCUUAGGAAGAACAGCUAGCUCAUUGGACGGCUAACAAAUUGCAAGAAUUGAGGGUAAAGCUUCACAACCAAGAUUGAAAUUGAAUUGCUGAAGCAAGCAAACCUGGUUGAAAGCCACUGUUCCAUUGGUGCGGGUGCGGGUUCGGAUUCGAUCAGAUUUCUUAGCUUUACUCACCUUAAAAUAACCCCCAAAAGAUAAGGGGAAAAAGGUUGGCACUUUCAUGUGUAAGUUGUGAUCAAUCGACGUAUUUUCCCACAUCCUACGUUCUCUCAUUCUACAGGGUAGUAAAAAUUUACUUUCUUUCGCCUCGGUUACACUAGAUCAACUUGAUCACCAGAGUUUUAAGCAGAAACAGAAUACGAAUUAGAAUGAUACUAACUCCAGUUCGGAUUGAUUAUGACGAAAAGAACAAUACUGCCUUGGCUUCUCAAAAGAUUGUAGCUCUUAAAUCCCGAUUCUUAGAUUCCAGAUACUAAGAACUAAGAAGUUCAAUUUCAUUAAUGAGCAUGGGCUAGUUUCAGUUAAAGGCUAUCAAAGCAGUUACAGAACCCACAACCUGACUUUAGUGCCUAACGAUUUUCCCCUCCACUUGCCAGAAAGUACCUUUGCUGAAAGGCAUAAAGCCCACCACUGCCCUAGGCUGCUCGUCACCUUUUCUGUUUUUACCAGUUGAUAAUGCCUGGGUAGUUAGCAGCACAUAGCGUGUUCUGCCUGUAAACUGAAGGGAUGGGUGGGCAGAAAACAAACAAAACAAGGGACGUUCUUCCCUUUCACAAUAAUGCCCCAAAACCCUCCCAUAAGCUUCCUCGAAGAAACCAACCUACCUAUCUCAAACAAGCCACAGACCUAACUUCCCCAUUUAAGGACUUAGCUUGUAUAUCCAUUUCUCAAUAUCCCAUCAUUGUUUCGUUCCCAUCCCAAUUCUCUAUUAUUCUAGUUUGUUGAUGCCCAUAAGGAACCUGUAACUUCCUCAUUCAUGAUUCUCCCCCUCUCUUCAACACUUCCAUUCCUAACAUCGAUCAUUUGUUGUCCUAUAUAAACUCCAACCUUGGAGGAGUUUCUCAGAACAACAUUCACUCAUACAAUUACCAAGUCACAUUCGAAGACGAAACACCGAGAAGAACAAAAAAAUGGGGUUCGAGAAAUCUCUGUUGGUUGCUCUGUCCUUGUUGGCUCUGGUCCUCGGCGUGGCAAACUGUUUCGACUAUCACGAGCACGAGCUUGCAUCCGAGGAGAGCUUGUGGGAUCUGUACGAGAGGUGGAGGAGCCAUCACACCGUCUCCACGAGCCUCGACGACAAGCACAAGCGGUUCAAUGUGUUCAAGCAGAAUGUCAUGCACGUUCACGAGACCAACAAGAUGGACAAGCCUUACAAGCUGAAGCUGAACAAGUUCUCCGACAUGACGAGCCACGAGUUCAAGAACGCUUAUGCCAACUCCAAGGUUCACCACCACGUCAUGUUCCGGGGAGCACCGCGUGGGAACGGGACGUUCAUGUACGAGAACGUCAGGAGGGUGCCGCCGUCUGUUGAUUGGAGGAAGAAAGGUGCCGUCACACCUGUCAAGGAUCAAGGCCAGUGUGGUAGUUGCUGGGCAUUUUCAACUGUGGUAGCAGUGGAAGGGAUCAACUAUAUCAAGACAAAGAAGCUUGUGUCUUUGUCUGAGCAGGAAUUGGUCGACUGCGACACAACAGAGAACCAAGGAUGCAAUGGAGGGUUGAUGGAGUACGCAUUUGAAUUCAUCAAGGAAACCGGUGGGCUUACUACAGAAGACAAGUAUCCUUACCAUGCUGCAGAUGGUAGCUGUGAUUCUGUUAAGGAGGAUGCACCAGUUGUGUCGAUUGACGGACACGAGAACGUCCCAAAGAACAACGAAGAUGCACUGCUGAAAGCCGUUGCAAACCAGCCUGUAUCUGUAGCCAUUGAUGCUGGGAGCUCAGAUUUCCAAUUCUACUCAGAGGGUGUGUUCACUGGAAGCUGUGGAACAGAGCUGAACCACGGAGUUGCAGCUGUAGGGUACGGAAUCACCGUCGAUGGAACCAAGUACUGGAUCGUGAAGAACUCGUGGGGCGCUGAAUGGGGCGAGAAAGGCUUCAUCAGGAUGCAGAGAGGCAUCUCAGACAAGACAGGGCUUUGUGGCAUAGCAAUGGAGGCUUCAUAUCCCGUCAAAACCUCCUCCAACCCAACCCCCCAUUCUUCUUCUUCUCUCAGAGAUGAACUCUAAAUUCACUAUUACACACCCACACAAAACAUGGAGCGAGAGAGAGAUAUAGAUUUCUCAUCCUGGUUUCAGCUUUUCCAUUCUCAAUUUUAGCACUUGCUUCUUCUUCUUACUACAUGUAUCAGUAACUUAAAACCUCAGCAGUUCUACUUGUAAUGAAUAAUAACAAUAACAAUAUACGAAUUAAUGAAAA